AUGAACCGUUACAUUUGUGAAGGUGAUAACCCCGAUAUUACCGAAGAGAGGAAAAAAGCUUCGUUCAAUGUUGAUAAGCUAACUGAAUACUACUAUGGAGGGGAGAAAAGAUUGAAGGCUCGCCGAGAAGUAGAAAAAUGCGUUGAAGAUCACAAAGAGUUACAGGACUUAAAGCCAACACCAUUUAUGAGUCGAGAUGAACUAAUUGAUAACUCCGUUCGAAAACUGGCUGGGAUGGCCAAAAAUUAUAAAAUGAUUGAUUUAACCAACAUUGAGAAAACGACAUAUUUUUUGCAGCUGGUGCACGUUAGAGACUCCAUGGCGUUUUCCCUUCAUUAUCUCAUGUUUUUGCCUGUUCUUCAAUCUCAGGCAUCGCCUGAACAACUUGCUGAGUGGAUGCCUAGAGCUCUUUCUGGAACCAUAAUUGGAACGUAUGCUCAAACGGAGAUGGGUCAUGGCACCAAUUUAUCAAAACUUGAAACCACAGCCACAUAUGGUCAAAAAACUUCGGAAUUUGUGCUUCACACACCGACUAUCAGUGGCGCCAAGUGGUGGCCCGGUAGCCUUGGAAAGUUUUGCAAUUUUGCAAUCAUUGUUGCCAAUCUAUGGACUAAUGGAGUUUGCGUUGGACCUCAUCCGUUUUUGGUGCAGAUAAGAGACCUCAAAACACAUAAAACUCUACCGAAUAUCAAGUUAGGAGAUAUUGGACCAAAACUGGGGUCGAAUGGUUCAGAUAAUGGAUAUCUUGUGUUCACAAACUACAGAAUAUCUAGGGGGAAUAUGCUAAUGAGACAUUCCAAAGUACAUCCCGAUGGUACCUACCAAAAACCACCACACUCGAAGUUGGCAUAUGGUGGUAUGGUGUUCGUCCGAUCAAUGAUGGUUAGGGAUAUUGCCAAUUAUUUAGCAAACGCGGUUACUAUUGCAACAAGAUAUUCUACCGUGCGACGGCAGGGUGAACCGCUUCCCGGCGCGGGAGAGGUCAAAAUUUUGGACUACCAAACUCAGCAAUAUAGAAUUCUUCCGUAUAUUGCAAAAACGAUUGCGUUUAGAAUGGCUGGAGAAGAACUUCAGCAAGCUUUCCUUAAUAUUUCGAAAGACCUUCGGCAGGGAAACGCGUCUUUGCUACCCGAUUUGCAUUCACUUUCUAGUGGUUUGAAGGCUGUGGUCACAUUUGAAGUCCAACAAGGAAUUGAGCAGUGUCGACUAGCAUGCGGUGGCCACGGUUAUUCUCACGCUAGUGGUAUUCCAGAGCUGUCCGCGUUUUCUUGUGGCAGCUGUACUUAUGAAGGAGACAACAUAGUGUUGCUAUUGCAAGUGGCAAAGUACUUGAUGAAAAUGGCGCAACAACCCCAGGAAACAGGACAAUGUGCUUAUCUACAUAAGUUUCUGCCUUGUUCAAGAUCUGAGCUUUCUUCUCAUAAAACGUAAACCGAUCGUCAAAUCAACGAGGAUUUUGAAAUUGUCACCCGAAAAACUGUGUUAUUGGCUUCGAAAAAAUUUAAAAGCGAAUGCGAACUCUACCCAGAACAUGAAGCUUGGAAUCGUUGCUCUAUCGAGCUAUGCAAGGCUGCAAGGUGGCACGUCCGACUUUAUAUAGUACGGAAUUUUCUUCAAAAAGUUUGCACAGCUCCAAAGGAUCUGCAACCAGUUCUUCGAGCGCUUUCAAAUCUGUAUAUAUUUGAUCUUCAAGUAUCUAAUAAAGGUCAUUUUAUGGAAAACGGAUAUAUGACAUCUCAACAGAUAGACCAACUCAAAAUGGGUAUUAACGAGUCACUUUCCACGAUUCGUCCGGAUGCUGUUUCCAUUGUGGACGGUUUUGCUAUACACGAAUUUGAACUCAAAAGUGUUCUCGGUCGACGAGAUGGAAAUGUUUAUCCUGGACUAUUUGAAUGGACAAAACAUAGUCAGUUAAACAACAAAGAGGUUCACCCUGCAUUUGAUAAAUACUUAACACCCAUCAUGGAUAAGAUUAGGGCCAAAAUGUAG